AUGGAAUUUGUAGGCUCUGACAUGACUGGAAUAUCCAUAACUGAUCAUCGAGGUCCUAGCAGAGGAAGAAUGGGGAGGAGAAGGAUCGAUGAUGAUGAGAACAAAGAAUUCAAAUCAAAGAACCUCCAUGCUGAGAGACGGAGGAGGCAGAAACUCAGUGAUAGGCUCCUGAGUCUGCGUUCAAUUGUCCCAAUAAUCACAAAUAUGAACAAAGCAACAAUAAUUGAGGAUGCAAUUACUUACAUCCAGGAGCUGCAGAAGACUUCAGAGGUUCUCAGCGGACAGCUACUCCAAAUGGAAGGAUCAUCUGAAGAGGAAGGGAAGCCAAUAAGGAUUGAAAUUGAUGCUGCAGAAGAUCCGAAGAAAUGUGGGAUUAAGGAAGAGGUUAAGGUGACCAACAUUGAUGGGAACAAGCUAUUAAUAAAGAUUAUCCUUGAGAAGAAAAGAGGUUGCUUCACAAAAUUGAUAGAGGCCAUGAAUUACCUUGGCUUUGAGCUCAGUGAAACCAAUGUUACCACCUUUAAAGGAGCAAUGCGUAUAUCAUCUUGCGUACAGGGAAUUUAUGGGGAUACUCUCAUGGUUGAGCAGACAGAGAAGUUGCUGUUAGAGAUCAUCAGAAGCAUUCGAGACUAUUGUUUAAAUUGUGAAAUAAAGACCAAUCAUCCUGGAGACAGAGGUGGACAAUCAUAUGGAACACAGCUAGUUAGAUCUCCCCAAAAUAUACCUUCACGAACACCACCUCCCCUCAAAAAAAUAUUAUACAAAGAUCAUAAGAUCAACAGGCAGUCAAGAAACAGUCCAACCUUCCUUCUCUCUAUAUAUAUGACCAACCCAGGUUUCAUGGCAAGAGCAAAAGUUUUACCACCUCAUUUGAGUUUUAUGGCUCGGUUUCGUCACCUUGGCAUUAUUUUAGCUGCCGAGUGUUUUAGCUUUAUUGUCAAGUUUCAAGCAACAAAUGGUUCCAGGAUCAUCUCACCAGAAGCUGGAAUAGAUGCUGAUACACUGCAAGUUGAAAUGAUAGCAGAGGGACCGGUCAUUAGAGCGAUUGGGAAGCAUUAUUCAUCUGACAAGUCUGCAGCAGGCGGAGAUGUCAUCCUUGGGGGAUUUGUGAUGGCUGUGGUGGUGGCAGUUGUUUGCUACCUUCGCAUCACAAGAAGGAGCCUAGAAGCCCAUACCUAG